AUGGUAGAGGCCUGCUCGCAUUUCGACACUCUCGUGAGGGUAGCAGCGCGGGUUAGGUCGAAGUUGCAGGGUAGGUUCACAUUCAAUGAUCGCCUUUUGGUGGUGGUGACGGUGACGAAAGAAGGUGAGGUGCUCGGAGCUGCCAGUGAUCCAAUGAGAGCUCCACCUCCGGAAUCGCACACUCCUGCCUCGACUCGAAGAUCCCUCUCCUCCUCGAUAAACCUCCACCCCAUCGUCAAAACGGCUCAAUCAAUUCCCACCCCCACCAGUGCUACUCUUCCCGCCACCAUCGCCGCACCCUCAACACAACUACAGAUAGCCAGCCAGCUCACCACCGCGGGAGACAUCCUUUGGGACCCUAAAUUCACUGAUCGUCCGCCGCCCGGCAAUCUACGACCUACGCACGCCGGCACUCUCUCCGUCGCAAAUCGCACCGACUCAUCUAUCAGCAUCAGAAACCUUGGGGACAGCGAACCUCCAUUCACACCAAACAUGGAUAACAGAAGGCAUCCCAGCUCAUUCCAGCAAUUGGAAAAGCUGGGUGAGGGAACAUACGCAACGGUGUUCAAGGGACGGAACCGUCAGACCGGCGAACUUGUUGCGUUGAAGGAGAUCCAUCUAGACUCCGAGGAAGGCACACCUUCAACCGCCAUUCGCGAGAUCUCUCUCAUGAAGGAGCUGAAGCACGAGAACAUCGUUCUUCUCCAUGACGUUAUUCAUACCGAGAACAAAUUGAUGCUCGUCUUCGAAUACAUGGAUCGGGAUCUAAAGCGAUACAUGGACUCCCGCGGUGACCGUGGCGCACUCGACCCCGCCACCAUCAAAUCGUUCAUGUACCAGCUCCUCCAGGGCAUUGCUUUCUGCCACGACAACCGCGUUCUGCACCGUGAUUUAAAGCCCCAGAACCUCCUCAUCAACACCCGUCUCCAGCUCAAACUCGCCGAUUUCGGUCUAGCAAGAGCAUUCGGCAUCCCUGUAAACACAUUUUCUAAUGAGGUCGUCACACUCUGGUACCGUGCUCCAGACGUUCUUCUCGGAAGCCGGACAUAUAAUACAAGCAUUGACAUCUGGUCUGCUGGCUGCAUCAUGGCUGAGAUGUACACCGGGCGUCCUCUGUUCCCAGGAACAACCAACGAAGACCAAUUGCAAAAAAUCUUCAGGUUGAUGGGCACGCCUUCUGAGCGAUCAUGGCCUGGAAUCUCGCAACUUCCAGAGUACAAGGGCAACUUCCAUGUUUUUGCAACCCAGGAUCUCCGCCUUAUCCUUCCCCAGGUCGAUCAGGUUGGCUUGAACCUAUUGAACAGCAUGCUUCAGCUACGUCCUGAAAUGCGCAUUACUGCGCAGGCUGCACUGAACCAUCCUUGGUUCAAUGACCUUCCGCGAAGGCAGCAUGAUCAAGCUCUGGCACAAGCCCAACAGCAGCAGGCGCAACAGAUGGGAGGUUACCAGGUACCCCAAGGCGCAUAUUAG